ACGAGCAGCCACGACGUGUAGAGCCGCGCGCCCUCCCUCGAGCACGAAAAGGUCUAGUGGGUUGUGAAGCUUCUUGCUCGAUCAUCGAUCGAGAUGGCGGAGCCCAGACGCACGCGGCCGUCGACGUUCCGGUGCGCGGCGGCGACGUGUCUGGCGCUGGUGGUGGUCGUCGUCGUCGUCGUCCUCCUGUGGCUCUUCCUCCACCCGUCCAAGCUCUACAUCUCCGUCGACCACGCCGCCACGACGGGCUUCAACUUCACGGCCGCCGGCGGGCUCGCGGGCGCCUUCGACCUCACCCUGCGCGCCUUCAACCCGAACGCGCGCGCCGGCGUGGCCUACCGCUGGCUCGACGUCGGGGUGUGGUACAACGGCACGUACCUCGCGGGGGGCCACGCGCCGGGGUUCGCCCAGCCGCCGGAGGACGACACGCGGGUGGACGUCGCGGCGCGGGCUGCGCCGGACGCCUGGACGCUGCCCCGGGACGUCCAGGAGGGCAUCAAGAGGGAGCGCACGGCCGGGAAGCUGACGGUGGACGUGCACGUCGUCGCCAAGGUGCGGUUCCGGUACGGCGUGGUGAGGACGCGCAAGUACACCGUGCGCGCCAGCUGCCCGGCGGUGACCAUCGACUUCCCGUCGCCGACCUCCUUCCACCGGGUGCCCUGCCACGUGCACAUCUGAGCGGGGCUACCCUUCGUGAAUCGUGAUACUCGAUGCUUCAAGGAUCUGGCCGUGUGUGAAUUGACUGAUUUGGUCGUUGCUUUCUUUCGUGUUAUGAUUACCUUGGUUUGUUGUAUAUUUCUUUCUUCACUUAUAUUCUUUGCUGUAAAUUGUUUUCCAUGGAUUUGGGUAAAGAACUGUCGACAAUUUAACCUGAAA